UUCUUAUCAGAGGAUAGGUACUAUAAAAACCUAAGACUGUUUAAUUGCAAGCACAGUUUCAGAUUGAUAACUGACAAAACAAAAAAAAUACAAAAAAAAUGGCACUUAGAUUUGUUGCUGUAUCUUUGGCUGUAGCUUUUGUAGCUCAACAGGCUAACGCGGGGUGCCUUUUUGAAAAACUGGCAUGCCUAAGUAAAAAAGCAACAUGUCAAAAGGACCAAACAAGUUUUCCUUACAUACCUACUCCAACUAAAACCACCCAGCACCCGGAUGUUGAUUUUACCGUGGCGAUUCCACAAGAAAUUCCACUCGGUAACCAUUGCCAAUGCCGGAAAUACGCAGUAGUACCAAAAAUUGUACCUGUGGAUCCUGCUCCAACAACUCCAGCUCCAGCUUAUGGUCCAGCUUAUGGUCCAGCUUAUGGUCCAGCUUAUGGUCAAGCUUAUGGUUCAGCUUAUGGUUCAACUCCAGCUUGUGUCCCAGCUUGUGCCCCAGCUACUGGUCCAGCUUAUGUUCCAGCUUAUGCUCCAGCUUGUGCUCCAGCUCGUGCCCCAGCUCCUACUUUCGGGCAUGGUUUUGAUAUGAGCAGCUUGUUCCCAUCUUGUGAUGAAUCCGGUAAUGCUCCAGCUUGUGAUAGCUGCGAAUAAAAUUUGAAAUUGUUCUAAAGAAAUAAAGACUUAUUUUCC